AUAUAAAGGGGUCGGUGUCAAUUGCUCUUUCGAUGUGACGAACCAAAGCAGGAACGUGAAGCAGAAGCUGCACGCAAAUAGUGGUGAAGAACAUCCUGGCAGAGCUGCGGCCACGCUCUCCGCGUUUGAAGAAGAAGCUAGCCCCUAAUUGGCCCUCAUUCUUGAAGAAUUGUGCUAUUGUUCGCGAAAUUGUUGAUUUUCCGGUUCCUGCCAUCCCAUUCAACCAAAAUAUACAUUUUUGGCUUGGAUCCCCUGCCCACUCCUGGAUGCAGCGAAGUAAUUCAACCCUUGUUUUUGGAUGGCACCUUGCGUCAUGUUCUGCGUCAAAGGCAUCAAAACUCGAGCCUUCUACAUAUGGCAGUUUGUCAAAGACCUUUCUGUGCUUGCUGUCAAUGCUCAGGGUCUGGACUGUAGCACUUGUGUCUUCAACAACACAAUGCACUUCCCUUAUAGAUUUCUCGAUCUGCUUAAUCGGAUCCAUAUUUAUGACUCCCUGUCCCGAAACAACCAGAAGAAGUUCCCUUGCAUAUAACGCUGCCGUCGCCGCAGAAUAUGGUUGCCAGAUCUUGUUCUUAUGGGAAUCGGCAUAGUCACAGAUGCCUCGGAUAACAAGGCAGGGAAAUGAGUCCAUAAGCCCAGCAGCCUCCAUUUCAAAGCACAGUAUGCUCUCCUCCCGGGCCCAUCUAUCUCUUAGGAUAGCGUCU